AUGGCAGGGCCACACGGAUCCAUGGCGCGCCCGACUGUCCGCCAGAAUGCCACUCUCGGCCUGAGCCUUGUGCUCUUCACCUUUAUGUUCCUGCCCACUUUUCUCGUCCUGCUGGCUGUCGUCGUCUUUUUUAUUCUGGCAUACCCCAAGUUGCGCAAGACCUAUCUAGAAAUCAUGGGUCUGGAAGAGGAGUCAGUCGACGAUGAGAAAUGA